GGUUUGGUUGGUCGGUUCGCUGUGAGUUUCUCGGAGUUACGCUUGCCUUUCCGAGUCGAGCUCGCGUGGAUUGUAUUUUUGUGCUAAUACUGAGUGUCGUGACUUAAAAACUAUUCGACAAUGUCGUCCAAAACAAAAAAGACUGUGACAUCUUCCUCAAAUAUAAGUGUUGUGUCAUCCGUUCAGAGCCCACAACAAUCGAGCACUCCUGUUGGAAGCCGCCCUUCUAGCUCUGCCGGCCGGCCCAGCAGCCCGCUAAGUCCUACAAGACACACCCGCUUACAAGAAAAAGAUGCGCUACAAAACUUGAACGAUCGUCUGGCGGCCUAUAUUGAUAAGGUCCGCCAGCUUGAAAGCGAAAAUUCGGGUUUACGGCGAGAGAUCCAAACCACACAGGAGGUGGUCACACGUGAAGUUUCAAACAUCAAGGGGAUGUACGAGCAUGAACUACAAGAUGCUAGAAAGUUGUUAGACGAUACAUCCAGAGAAAAAGCUAAGUUAGAGAUUGAUUUGAAGCGCCUGUACGAAGAGAACGACGACCUAAAGAAGCGCUUGGACAAGAAGACCAAAGACUGCACCCAGGCGGAGAACUUGGCUCGUCAUUACGAGACCCGCUUUACUGAGGAGAGCAACAAAUAUAACUCGGCCCUCGCUGACAAGAAGAAGGCCCAAGAUGAAGCCAGGGAACUCGCCAAAGAGCUGGAAAAACUCCGCAAAGUGUACGCGGACACCCGCAAGACCCUGGAAGAGGAGAUGCUGUGCCGCAUCGACAUGGAGAACACCGUGCAGAGCCUCCGCGAGGAGCUGUCCUUCAAGGACCAGGUCUUCCAGCAGGAGCUGCAGGCCCGCACUCGCCGCCAGGUCGAGAUCUCCGAGAUCGAUGGACGCCUGGCUCAGCAGUAUGAGGCCAAGCUGCAGCAGAGCCUUCAAGAGCUGCGUGAGCAGCAGGAGGCCAACAUCAAGGCCAACCGCGAGGACAUCGAGGCCAUGUAUGAGAACAAGAUGAAGAACCUGCACGCGGCGGCCAACCGCAACAGCAACGCGGCCACCGUGGCCGUGGAGGAGCUGCGCACCAUGCGCACGCGCAUCGACUCGCUCAACUCCACGCUCAACGACCUGGAGAACAAGAACGCGGCGCUCAGCAACCGCUGCCGCGAGCUGGAGCGUCAACUCGAGUCGGAGCGCGCUCGCCACGCCGAAGACUUGGCUUCACUUGAGCAGGAGCUGGCUCGUCUGCGGGACGAGAUGGCCGCUCAGCUGCGCGAGUACGCCACGCUCAUGGACAUCAAGAUCUCGCUCGACCUCGAGAUCGCCACAUACAGGACGCUGCUGGAAGGCGAAGAAGACAGGCUGAACCUGACCUCGCAGUCGCCAGGACGCAGCGAGUCGCGCGCGUCCGCGUCGGGCGCCAGCGUGAGCGGGCGCGGCACGCCCGGCCGCCGCGCCACGCCGCUGCGCGCCGCGCGCAAGCGCACGCUGCUCGACGAGAGCGAGGAGCGCAGCCUCUCCGACUACAGCGUCACCUCCAGCGCCAAGGGAGACCUGGAGGUCGCCGAGGCCUGUCCCGAUGGCAAGUUCGUCAAGAUCCGCAACAAGGGGAAGAAGGAGCACAGCCUGAGCGGCUACCAAGUGGUCCGCAAAGCCGGCGACCAGGAGACCAUCUUCAAGUUCCACCGCACGGUGAAGCUUGAGCCGGGCGCCGUGGCCACCGUGUGGUCGGCCGACACCGGCGCCGAGCACGACCCGCCGCGCGACAUCGUCAUGAAGGGACAGAAGUGGUUCGUCGCCGACAACUUCACCACCGCGCUGCUCAACAACGACCAAGAGGAGGUCGCCAUUUCCGAGCGCCAACGGAGACAGGUCAGCACGAGCGCGCAGCGACACCGCGAACUCGCACACAAGUUCCCCCGUCGCGAGCAGCUGGGCGAGAUCCGCGAAGGUGACGAGAACUGCCGCAUCAUGUAAGGACUCGACGCCGCCAGGUGCCUCCCCACCAGUUACGCAAUAGGAUUCCUUGCAGCCCGACACGUGGCCGUGGCCUAACUUGAGCUUCCAGUGCUAAACGUUGAGCAGCCACCUUACCCACGGCUCACCCCCGUACCGGUAUAAACGGGAGCACAGCUUAGACCACGGCCAAAGUAUUUCAAUAAUGUUCACGGGACGAUUGCUAGAACUUGACUGGCUUGAAUUAAUAAUGUGUGACCUUAGGGUUUUUUUUGUUGAAAACGAUCAAUAUUAUGAUGUCAAAUGACAUGUUUUUAUGAGUAAAUAAUUUAAUGUUAAAGUACAGGCUUUUGGUAUGUUGUUGGUGCUUUAAAAAUAAAGUUACGUUCCUUCUCUCUACUUAAGCUAAUGAAGCUUUGAGCACUGAUUAAAUUUACCAGAUAGUCAUGUGUUAGAUUGACUGAAAUCAAGUGCGAGUAAUAGCACUAAAAUACAGCCUUAUAUCUUCGAUUUUGUAAUAGAAAUGAACGGCUAGUCUGAAAUGGCCUGUUAGUUGAGUAGCUGACCACUGCCGUUUUAGUGUAAUGGCACCCGUGAACAGAGUACAAACAUUGUGGUUCACAUUAUUGGUAAGUAUAGCGACAACUUUAAUGAGCAUUGAAUUAUUUCAUUUCAUCUAUAAUACCGCUCGCAUAAAAUGUUAUUAUUAUAAUUAUAAUAGUUGUGCGUCGACAUCCGCCUGUCCGGUGCUACGUUGACUGGGGAUUUCUAGUAAAUACAUAUAGAUAUUAUAUUUUUGUCCGAGAAUUGAAACAAAGUGUUUCAGCCAAAAACAUGAUCCAACUGCCUACUAUGUAUUUCCCAACUAUAAUUUUCUUUAAAAAAACGCAAUGUUGAAUAUAGAUGGUAAUUUGAUUUAAUAACAAACCAUUAGAAGUUGAGUAUCAGAAAUCCCCACUCAACGUAUUUCCUUCCCAGUUGCGCUUCUAAUUAUACUUUUAUUAAGCAAGAAUUUUGUAGAUUAAUAUGAUUUGUUUGUGUUUGCCAUAAAUCCAAAACCUACUUUGAAAACAUUCGAUGCUCAUUUUAAUGUCAAGAAUUAUAAAAUUUAGUUUCUUAAAGUUCUUUUUUUUUAUUUUUAAGAAAUUGUCUUCUCGUGUAGGAGAAUAGAUUUUCAUUACUUAGAUAAUAUAUUAUAAUCAUUAAUGAUUUUAUUAAGAGGGGAGAUACAAGAGUUGUCACGCUAGUCUUAAAAAAUCAAUGCCUUUUUUUACAAAUUUUGUCACUAGUCUGCAAAUGACUGUUGUAUCUUUCCAGAAGUGACUAACUGAAUCACGUAAUAUUUUUAAUAUAGGUAAAACAAAAGUAUACAAUAAGUCGCGUGCAUUUAGAUUAACGCCAACACGGAAACGCAGUUAUACAUCGGUGGGAGUAAAUAUAGAUUGUACUAAUGCACUAGUUGGUAAUUAAUUUAAAUCAAAUGUGUCGACGUAUAUCAAACUCGCUAUAAUCCGAAAGAAUAAGAUCAAUAUAAACUUUAAUGCAGUAAACUUUCAAAUUUCGAGGCAACUUUUUAUAUGCGUCGACACAAAUCUAGAGUGAAGUAGAUGAAAUCUACACGAUUGUUUCAACUCCUACAGCAUUUGUGUUUUUAUAAAUCAGUGUAAUGAAUCUUUCUGACUAUGUAUGAGUAAUUUGUUAAGUCCAGUAUUUUGUUCACAUUCAAUGCUAUUUUACACUAAAGUAAUAGGUGCAAGUCUCAAAUGGAAGGUUCUCAUGUAAAAGAAAGUCUCUUUGCACAUUGAUGGUAACUGAAAAAUAGGAAAAAAAUGUCCAACAUAUUUUUUAUUUUGAGAGGAUUGAAUCUGAUUCAUUGUCACGUUCACUUUGUUGUUAAAUAAUCAUGAGACCCUUAACUUUGACCGUUUAUAUCUUCCAUGUGUAAAAUACACAUUAUUUGAAAUAAAGAUAUAUUUAGGUUUAA